AUGGCUAUCAAGCUUGAUAUGGCUAAGGGUUACAACCGAAUUGAAUGGGACUUCCUCAUGGGUAUGAUGGUUAGUUUGGGGUUUGCCCCUCUUUUCUGUAGCUGGAUCAAGGAAUGUAUAUCUACUGUAUCUUUUAGUGUUCUUAUAAAUGGAUCCCCAUCUGGGUACAUCAGGCCUGAACGGGGGCUUAGACAAGGAGAUCCUCUCUCUCCCUUCCCGUUCCUUCUUUGCACUGAAGGCUUCUCUAUGUUAAUUAAGAGAAGCCUGGAACAGGGUGCCCUUCACGGGUUCAAGAUUUCUCCUACCGGAUUACCUCUAUCGCAUCUUUUCUUUGCGGACGAUUCUGUGGUGUUUGGAAAUGCUUCUGUGGAGGAAGUGAAAAGUAUCGUGGAAGUUUUAAAGAUUUACGCUCAGAGCUCUGGUCAGGAGGUUAACCUGGCCAAGAGUUCAGUCUUCUUCGGUGCCAAUACCCCGAAGUGUAUUAAGGCUAAAAUUAUGGACACCCUUGGGAUUCAAUGCAAACAAGGUUUUGGGAAAUAUUUAGGCCUGCAGGCUGAUUUUGGGCACUCUAAAAAAAUGGUUUUUGCUGAGAUUCGGGAUAAGAUUGAAGCCCGCAUGUCAGGUUGGGUUGAGCAGUUCCUGUCUCAGGCUGGAAAAGAGGUUCUUGUGAAAGCAGUGGCUAUGGCCUUGCCUAACUUCGCCAUGAGUUGCUUUAAGCUCCCCAUUGGUGUGUGUCGAGAUAUUGAAAGAGCCAUUCAGAAUUACUGGUGGCGAGGCAGUGAUCAACGUAAGGGAAUCCACUGGAUCUCCUGGGAUUGGCUUAUGAAGCAAAAAAAGGCUGGAGGAUUGGGAUUUAAGGACAUCCAAUGCUUCAACCUUGCCUUCCUUGCUAAGAUUGGUUGGUGA